AUGCGGAGUCGCUUGACGGGUGAGGAUGGCAAAGUAUUCACUGCGGAAGUCAGAAGACACUUUCCUCAACUUUGCAAAGUGUUUAAGGCACACAUUUCUAGCCAAAACUCAGAGCUAAGCAGUGCAGCAUUACAGGCGUUGGGAUUCUGCGUUUUUAAUUCAAGUAUCUCAUCUCAAUUAUCUGCAACUGAAGUACAAGACUUGCUUUCAACGGUGAACAGCGUUGCCGUAAAUGCUUCAGACAGAAACACUCGCACUCGGGCACUUUGGGUGAUCUCUAAGCAGGCGUUUCCUUCUGAAAUUGUUAAAAAGGAGGUGUCCAGGAUUAUUUCUACCCUGGAAACGAUACUUACUAAAGGAGAUGUACAGUCUAUGGUGGUUGAAUACGAAGCACUGAAUGUUAUUAUACGCUUAAUGGAGCAAACUCCAGCCGAGAUGGGAGAAGAGGCUGUGAGGUGGGCAAAAAUGAUCAUUCCUCUGGUCGUCCAUUCAGCUCAUAAGGUGCAGUUGCGAGGUGCCACUGCACUGGAGAUGGGCAUGCCACUGCUCCUCCAGAAGCAGCAGGAGGUCGCGGCUGUCACUGAGCACCUCAUGACCACAAAAUUAAUUUCAGAACUUCAGAAAUUGUUUUCUACAAAAAAUGAGACUUACGUGCUAAAAUUGUGGCCGCUGUUUGUCAAGUUGCUUGGAAAGACUCUGCAUCGUAGUGGCAGUUUCAUCAACUCAUUGCUGCAACUGGAGGAACUUGGAUUUCGUAGUGGCUCACCAGUGGUAAAGAAAAUAGCCUUCAUUGCAUGGAAGAGUCUAAUAGAUAAUUUUGCUCUAAAUCCAGAUAUAUUGUGCAGUGCUAAAAGGCUGAAACUGCUCAUGCAGCCACUGAGCUCGAUCCAUGUGAGAACAGAGGCUUUGGCCCUGACAAAACUGGAGGUCUGGUGGUAUUUACUCAUGAGGCUGGGACCUCAGCUGCCUGCAAACUUUGAACAGGUGUGUGUGCCAUUAAUCCAAAGUACUUUGAGCCUAGAUGCUUCUGCUGCAUUGCAAGGAACUCCCUCCCGUGCACCAGCCAACCAAAGUUUAGCCUCGGCAACCCCUGUGCAGAAAUCAGGUCCUUACCCGCUUGUGAGUCCAGUCACACCAAGGAUGAACUUGAAUUCCAGUACAGCAGGAGUGCUGGUGAUUCCUUCCAUUCAGCUUUUGGGAAUUGAAAUGCUGCUGCACUUUGUGAUGGGACCAGAAGUUUUAGAUUUUGCUAAGCAAAACAAACUUGUACUUAGUUUAGAGCCUCUCCAGUACCCACUGAUCAGUAGCCCUUCUUUUUUUUGUAAGCAUGCCAGCACACUAAUAAACGCGGUUCAGGAUGGCUUUAUUGCAAUUGGAAAAGAAGUUCCAGAUUGUAUGCUGAAUGUUAUAUGGAAGGACAUAAAUGGAUAUGUAAAAACAGCUAUUGAAUCAGGAAAUAAGAAAGAAAAGCAAGGGUCGGAAAUACUGACUAUGUUGCUCCAGGCCUUGAAAAACACCGUUAGAUCAAAUGCUCUUCCUCUGCAGAAAAUACUGUCCCUCAUUGAUAUUACAGUUAAGGAAUUGCCUCCAAAAGUAUUGGGAUCACCGGCUUAUCAGGUUGCCGAUAUGGAUCUUUUAAAUGGCACACCAGCUUUGUUCUUAAUUCAGCUGCCUUUCCAUAAUAACCUCUUGGAAUGCUGUGUAACAGAGGAGAGAUUCUUCGUAAUUCUAGAAACGCUCGUGGGUUAUGUUUUGUCUGGGCCUACAUCUCCACUGGCUUUCAGUGAAUCUGUGAUCUGCAUAAUUAAUCAGAGUGCAAAGCAAGUGGAAAAUAAGGAGCAUCUAUGGAGAAUAUGGAGUAUUGUUGUUAAUCCACUAACCGAAUGGAUUAAUCGGACUAACGAAGUAAAUCAGGGUGAUGCACUGGAACACAACUUCAAUGCUGUCUAUAGUGCAUUGUUGCUACCAGUAUCACACAUCUUCCCCGUUCAGGAAUUUCCACAGCCAACUAUGAAAUCCUUGUUGCGCACUUGGUCAGACCUGUAUAGAGCAUUUGCUCGCUGUGCUGCUUUAGUUGCAACAGCAGAAGAAAACCUAUGCUGUGAAGAACUUUGUGCCAAAAUAAUAUCUGGGCUAGAAGGUGAAACUCCAGUAAUGUUGCCAAUGAUGGAUGGUCUCACCCAUAUUAUAUCAGUUAUGGUUGACUGCAUCAACUUUGCACCAUAUGGUACUAAAUACCAGCCAAAACAUAGAUCUCCACAGACACCUACAGAUUGGUCUAAGAAGAAAAAGGAACCCCUGGGAAAGCUUGCCUCCCUAUUUAAACUCCUGGUGAUGUUACUAAACUCUUUCCAUGUGUUCAGUUCCAAAGAAAUCUUUUCAGAAACAUUGGUCUCUGUUGGUCCUUCAAUUAUUGCUAUUCUUCACAACAUCAUCAGCCACGUUUCAUUGCCUUCAGUGAUUGGGACUAUGUUUGCAAUUUUUUCAAAACCCCUGGCAGUGUUUUAUGAAAAAACAAAGCUUGCUGAUGUAUCUAAAGUAUACAGUCAUCUGAACAACAAGCUUGAAAAACUACUGGCCGAGAUUAUCCUGUGUUUGCAGUCUCACUGCACCGGCUCUUACGACAGUGAACUGCUGGAGCAGCUUUCGCCGUUGCUCUGUGUGGUAUUUCAGCACAAGAGCAAACAGAUCCGCAACCAGUGCGCCCACUUCUGGAACGCGACCUUCGCUAAGACUGCAUCGUUAACGUAUCCAGAAGAGUUAAAAUCUGUGUUAAGCCAAGCCAAAAAGAAAAUUCCACUCUUGCUGCCUGGUUUUGAAAGCAUUGAGAUAGCCGAAGAAUGCAGCGGCCCCUUCUCUGAUGCGAUGGAAAGUUCACAGCUGGGUGCAAAGAUAAGUGGAAUGGAAGUAAAGUUGGGUCAGAAACGGAACUCUAUAUUGGCACAGACGAGCGAACCGAAAAACGAAGUAAAAGACAAGUCCAGCAAUGUGCACGUAACACCUGCAAAGUUGAAACUAGAGUUUUCAUCUUCAAAGACUACAAGCGGGAUGCUCUUGGAAGAGGAGAGAUCUGUUGAUUUUGUGUUUAUUCCUCCAGAAACAAAAGCAAGAAUAUUGACAGAACAUCAAAAAGAAGUGCUCAGGUCAAAGAGAGUUGAUAUUCCUGCUAUGUACAACAAUUUGGACGCAUCAGAAGAUACUACCUUGUUCUCUCAGUACACCCAAAGCCAGGAAGAGUCUUUGGAAAAAUCAUCUUUAAUAGAAAAUGCCAAAGAAGAUACUACAGAGAAGCCUGAGGAAGAAAACGCAGAGAGUGAAGGCUGCACCAACAGAGAGGACUGCAAAUCAGAUUAUCCUCCUGAGAAUGCUGCCUGCGUGGAAAAGUCCUCUGUUACUCACGUCGAGGAGAGCUCAGCGGCAGACGGUGGGGGAGAGCCAAAAAGGGAUGGAGCUGAACUGGUCCGGGAGGAGCCAUCAGCGGGAGAGAGACUGGAAAACAGUACUGUGGAAACGGCUUCCAGUGAGCACUCCGUCGGGAAUGAAAACACUUCGAAUGUCAGCAACAGUUCAACGUCAAGCGACGUGAUUUCCGGGACACCGCAGCCUGCAAGCCGGCGGCAGUCCUUCAUUACUUUGGAGAAAUUCGGUAGCUCGGAGAACAGACCCUUCAGCCUUUCGACAUUAGGCGGUUUCUCGGAGACGUCGGGGAGUGCUUCUGUGGCAGGGAACCAGGAAGAUACAAAUGUGGACAAGACUAGUGCCAAACCAGAAAAACCUGGAGAAGAAAAUAAGAAGGCUCCAAAACCGGAGUCUGAGCAGAUACUUACUGCAAUACGAAAGCUAACUCGCAGGCAGAGUAAAAUGGAGCACCAAGGCAAUAAGCAGUCCAAGCUGUUAAUUAAGUCAGAGCAAGAGAAAAGCGCGCUGGACUCUUCUGCUUCCAGCAGUAUGGAAAGUAGUCCCGAACUGUCUUCUACAGUAGAAGGUGUGGAACAUGUUCUUCUUGCUCAGUCCCAAGUUCUCUGUUCUACAGAAGUCGAAAUGAAGAAAGUUGGAGAUACGAUAGCAGACAUAGACAGGGUCCAGGCAUUAGAUACGGAUUCUAAAGAAAACACGCCCCCAGAGACGGCCGUGUCAUCCGAGCAGGUAGCAGGCGAUGACAGUCAGGUUCCACACGUGUCUUCUAACCAGAAGAUACUAAGACGUUCUUCGAGGCGACGGUCAGAAGCUGUAGAAGGUACAGCAGGUAGUCAAGAUAAGGAAGAUGGCCAUGAAAAGAGAGACAGACGUAAAGAAGACGAGAAAUGUGGGCCAAAGAAGGUGCCGCUGGCUAAAGACGAUGUAUCCCAAAAGCCAAGAGCAGUUUCUGAGAAAACCACAGAAAAUGCACAUAAAAAGGAAAGCAGCCUUCCGGAGAGAGCUGCUGCAGAGGACUUGAGCUCAAAGGAGUCUCCUGCCUUGGGGGGCCUUGACGAGGAAGCAAACAGAAGCGCUAGGAGGUCUGAAGAUAACCUGAAGACUGCCACGGAAGGACAAGGCUGCAGCUCGAGUACAGCAGGUCAGAAGAAGAUGGAACGACCCCGAUACCACACGAGAAGAGCUUCGCAGGGAUUGCUCUCCAGCAUCGAAAAUUCAGAGGCUGAUGGCUCCGAGACCAAGGAGGAAAGCACACGGAAGAAAAGGUCUGCAAAAGUGAGAAGCAGAAGUGAUUCUGCUGAUGGCAAACUGAAAGAUCCACAGCCGGGAAGCCGUAGCCAUGAGGCGGCGUCCCAAGGAAACGAAACUAAGCACGUGUUGGAAACAAACAAAGGUGAACUAGACUGUGAAGCCAGCACGGAUACUGCGUUGACAUCUGAACCACAUGACCUGAAAAACCAGGGAAUUCCCACGGAUGCUGGCGAAGCUGUGGGAUCUGCCAGGCCCAGGAGGUCACCUGACGCACAGAACACCAGUGGGGAGCAAAACAAGAGCAGUACAUGGAUGGAAUCCUUCACCAAGCCAUGUACGUCUGAUCAAGGUUUGAAAGCAGCAGAGGAAAAUACGCCCGUUGAGAAGCAAGCAAAUGUAGAAGACCAUUCAGCGGUUCUGCCUGAACGGGUACCAGGAGCAAACGCUGCCAGUGGUGAUUCUUCCUCUUUGCAAACACCAGAGUGUCAGCACAAAAGAAGCAAAAGGAUGAGAAGACCGAAGAACUGCGAUUGCUGUUGUAAAAAGUCAAAGCAGCAAGUAACAAUGUCACUCGCUAAAUGGAAAAAUGAGAUCACUCAUGAACUGAACGAGCCCCAGACCACCCCAGUUCAGGCGUCUCUGAAUACAGCGGAGAUGUCUGGUAAUUCAAAUUUUGACGAGAGCUUGUCCAUGGCACCUUGUGCCAUGAGCACGCCGUUGCAUCCUCCCAAGGAACCCAGCGCGUUGAACUUGGAAAGAGAGAGAACGUCUGAGGAUAACUAUGCUCAGGGAAGCGGUGGUGCAGUGGAGGAGGAUCUAGAGAGUCCCGAGUGUGUAGCAGGUGACGUUAAUGACUCCAUGGCGGAAAUGAAAGAACCCGCUGAUCAGAGCGACCGGACCGAGGCCUGUGUGUCCGAGUGUGUUUCGGGUGAGCCUGCUGACAGCUGUCUGGCUGCAGAGAACCACAGCGAAGAACCAGCAGCUAUAAAAAAGGAAGAAGUAAGUCAGAAUGGACAACAGGAAGAGAUACCCGAGGCACUGACUGUUGUUAGCAAGCCUGAGCAAAACCAGGUGAAUGAGCUAGAAAGCAGUCGGGAUGACGAAGAAGCAGCUGAGAAUACUGGAGGAGAAACUUCCAUUAGUCAAGAUAAAGAGGUGAAGGAGGAAUUGGUGGAAGCUGAAAUUACAGUGCCUGAAAACGUGGCCUUGGAGAAAGAAGAAGCAGUAGAAAAUAACAACGUGCAUUCACCUCAGAAGCUGGAAGGUCAUGAUUCUUUAGCAUUAGUUAACGAGAGCCCUAAUGGUAUGCAGGCACGCUGCACGUGGUCUCCUUCAGCUUCUCCGUCCACUAGUAUUUUAAAGAGAGGCGCAAAAAGAAACCAGGAUGAUGAUUCCCUGUCACCCGCUAAUAAGAUUCGUCGGGUCUCUUUUGCAAAUCCCAUCUAUCAAGAAGGACUGGCGGAUGACAUAGAUAGGAGAAGCCCUGUCGUUAGAUCCCAUUCUUCUUCACCCUCUUCCCGGAGUCUUAAGACUUUAUCUAAUAUUCAGACUAAGCAUAUUACCACUCCAACCAAAGGAUUUCUGUCCCCAGGAUCUCGUAACGCUAAAUUUAAGAGCUCAAAGAAGUGUUUAAUUACGGAAAUGGCCAAGGAGUCGCUGCCGUGCCCCACGGAGUGCGUGUACCCUGCCCUCGCUGGCUGCAAAGCACCGGUUGAUGUCAUUCUGCCUCAGAUUACGUCAAACAUCUGCGCCAGAGGUUUGGGGCAGCUCAUUCGAGCGAAGAACAUUAAGACCGUGGGUGAUCUGAGUACUCUGACAGCAUCAGAAAUCAAAACUCUUCCCAUCCGCUCUCCGAAAGUUUCCAACGUUAAAAAAGCUCUUAAAGGAUAUCAUGAGCAACAGGUGAAAUCUCGCGGAUUUGAGGAAAUGACAGUGCUUGAAGAUGCAGAAAAGCCCGUAAAUAAUGUAGAAGAUAAAUCUCUUUCUGUGGAUGAAGAAAAACUUGCGACAGAUCUGAUUGAACCGGUUGUGCUGAGCACGAGUGACCCGCCCACGGCAGAUCUUCUGAGCCGGAUCGACGCGCUUGCUGCUCAGCUGACCUCCGAGGAGCUCCACGGCUAUUCAGGAAGCCAGCUUUUUGAGAUGCAAGAAAAACUUGUUGGUAUGACAAACUGUAUCAUGAAAAACCUGCAGUCCCGCUGGAAAUCGCCACCCCGUGAAAGUUCUGAUUAG